AAUUUCAUAUUCAAAUCCAGUCGCGGCCCGAGGACCCGGAUGUUAUGAUAUGGUGUUGUUGUUGAACCUUGUUGUAACAGUACGUAUGCAGCUGCGUGAUUUGAGAAUCUGACAAGCUAUGGCUAGUCUUUAUAGCCCGACGAGACCAUCAGCAGCAUAUUCAAGCUAUAGGUCACCCCUGAGGCCAGGAAUGUACACAAAUUACAGAGAUAGGUCAAUGGUAGAUGAUACAUCCACUGUCCAUGGCGAGUAUCCACCAACUCGACCCUUCAUCAAUACUGAUUACACCAGAUCUCCUGCAAAACCAGUGUCAGCAUUGCCUGAGAAUGAUAGGCAAGGUAGUGUGAUGGGAGCAUUAAAAAGCCUACAGGAUAAGAUAAGGAAAUUAGAGUUGGAGAGAUGCAUGGCUGAGGGCAAUUUAAAGAACUUGGCCUCGGAGACCUCCCGCUACAGAGACAUGUUACAAAGGGAGCAAAUGACACAGGAUGCUGCCACGGCAACUGCUGUCUCUAGGCAAUCACAGGAGUUGGAGUCCCAGCUGACUGCAGCUGAAUCAAGAUGCAACCUGCUGGAGAAACAGCUGGAAUACAUGAGGAAGAUGGUCCAGAAUGCAGAGAAGGACAAGGAAAUGGCGGUGCACAGACACACCAUGCUGGACAGGAGGAAAGAGGAGGACCUCCAGGCUGGUUUACAGUCACAGUUAGAUAAGAUUGCAGAGCUGGAGAGAGAACAUCUAAGAUUAACAGCCACACAGUCUCUAGCUGAGAAUAAGAUUAGGGGUUUGGAAGAAAGGUUACAAGAAGAACAACACCAGAGAAAACUUAUUCAAGAAAGAGCUGCAGAGCUCCAGACAGCAGCCGAGACAAACCGUAUCCUUCUGGAAGCCGUCUCCCCUCAGCACAGCAGAGCAGAGGACCACAAACCCACAGCAAAGAGGAAAAAGAAAAAGACAACAGCCAAGAAAUCCACAGCAUCUUCACAAAAACCACCCGUUGACCCCACGAACCACUACAGGCUGAACCUGAAUGAAAUUCCUUUUGUGGCAGGAAAAGCAGUGACCCCCAGCCAUGCCCUAGGUGCUAAUGUCCAGCAGGUCCUCUCCUUGAUGAAGAAGCACAAUCCUUCUCUGUGUGCUGCAGCCAGGAAGAAUGGCUUGGUGAGGCGGAGCACAGCGAGUGCAUCCUCGGCGUACACUGGCAGCAGCAGUGAGGAGGGCGACCUGGCGGAGCUGAUGGUGCAGCUACAGGAUGAGUUUGCUCAGAUGAGUUUUGAACACCAGGAGUUGUUAAAGCAGAUUAAUGAGGCCAGGGACUACAGGUUAAGGGAGGACUUGGAGAGGGAGCUGGACCACCUGGUGGCCAGAAUGGAGGCCAAGGGAGACCAGAUUGCAAGGCUGAAGAAACACCAGGAAAAUUUGCAAGAACUUCGGUUAAAAAAGAAGAAGAAGAAGCCCCGUCCACAGUCGGCCCCUCCGUCCCAGUACACGACCAAUGGCAGCAGCAGCGGAGAGGUCCAGGUGACCACCACCAUCAAGACCAAGGGCCACGGUGCUGGGAAAAUCCACGCAGUCCCCACUGCUGGUACCAGGGCAGCCCUGAACUUGUUAAAAGACAUGAGGAAAUUACAGACUUCUCUUAGGAAAGAUGAUCUCAGCUGGGAGUAGGCUCCUACUUGAUUAUAUGAGCAGCAUGGAGGGAUGGAGAUUAUAUCAUAGUUCAAUUUUUAUAUACUUGCAAGUGUCAGUUUACUGUCCUGAAAAGUUGGUAGUCCUUGCCUGCACUUUCUGUGGAGAUGCAACAACCUAAUGCUCUUAGAGAUAGUAAAAAAUGAUUGAGUUUUUAAAAAUGUUAUUAUAUUAUGUUUAUUAAAUGAACCAAAAUGAAAGAAAAGACCACAUAUUCAUCUUCACAUUUUGUGGAUCAUUGACAAAACAAGCCUUAGGUCUAGAAGGAACCUGUUCUAUUGGUGCUAAAGAGCAGAAGCAGGACAUUGUACAGCAUGUUAUCCCAUACAGCCUCUCAUUUUACAACACCAUCAUUGUUCAUACCAGCUCUUUUAAUGUAUAUUUAAUUUUAACCGUGGUUUUUUACAUUAACUUUAUUUGUUGUAUUCAUAUGACCUUCUCAGGUUUGCUGUUUACGGUAUGUUUGCGUGUAUAGUAGAUUAACCAGUAUAAUUUUAUGAUAUAUAUAUAUAUUAUGUUGUCAUCAUACAUUUAUUCAAAAAUAGUUCUACUUACUGAUUGUGUAUCAAUGCAAAACUGAAGAUCUUACAAUUUUGUAAAAUUACUGAUAAAUGAACACAAUAAACCAAUAUGUUGAAGAA